UUUCUGCAAAGGAUGGUAAUGCACAAGAUUUCUUCGCUAUAAUAUAUGUAACGUAUAUUAUAGUAUUUCCAUAAUUUUCACGUAUGCGACAGUUUUCAAGAAUAGACCAAUAAAAGCUCUGGGUUGCUCUUCACAUGCUUGGGACUGCAUUGCAUUAGCGAAUUAUGAGAGAUCCUGAUCUAUUGACAGAUAUUUUGGAGUUGUCAAAUGAUUCGCCCGAGAUGGAUCUCAGUAUCCACCCGGAAAGACAAAGAUUUCCUUUCUGUAUCGUUUGGACCCCGUUACCCAUCCUAACAUAUAUUCUACCUUUUAUUGGACACAUGGGUAUUGCGACGUCAACAGGAGUAAUAAGGGAUUUUGCUGGUCCUUAUUAUGUUUCUGAAGACAAUAUGGCAUUUGGUAAACCUACCAAAUAUUGGCAGCUUGAUUAUACCAAAGCUAAAGGAAGCAUACAAGGAUGGGAUGCUGGUGUAGCAGAAGCUAGCGAAAUUUAUAAAACCAGAAUGCAUAAUUUAUGCUGUGAUAAUUGUCACUCACAUGUGGCAAAAGCCUUGAAUUUGAUGUCGUAUGGUAAUUCGAACAGUUGGAAUAUGGUAAAACUUGCAUUACUUAUGUUACUUCAUGGGAAAUACGUCAGUAUUCUGGGUUUCCUUAAGACCUGGUUACCUUUCUGCAUAUUUGUUACAAUUGUACUAGUAUUAAGUUUAUGUGUAUAUUAAUUUAAGUCUAUGUAUAUAUUAAUUACACAUACAUCGCUGUUUUAAUAGAAAAGUGAGAUAUCGCAAAAUUAGUAACUUUUCAGUAGAACAUGUUUUAAUUUCUAAAUUAAAAAGUUUUAAGAUAAUGCAUAACUUCACCAUGUUACUAUACUUUCAAUUAUACAUAUACCUCUAUUAUACUUUCAAUU